AUGCGUGCGGGACGUCAGCACAAGGCGGACCGGCGCUCGGGCCGGGAGAGGGAGAGCGAGGGGCUGGCUGCCUGGGGCAGGGUGGCUGCCUGGCCGCUCGGGGCACGGGGGCGCGGGGCGGGCUGGGGGGCGCCGGAGCGAGCCAUGGACAGCGCGGCAGCCUUCGGCGUGGACAAGCAGUUCGGCCCCAGCCCCGGGCGGAUCCCGGAGCCGCCUGACAACCCGCAGGGCAGGAAAAACUUCAGUGUCAGCCACCUCCUGGACCUGGAGGAAGUGGCGGCCGGCAUGAACGGGCGCAAGGAGCCCGGCGCGGAGGCGAGGGACGGCGCCAAGGGGCUGCAGGAGCCGUCCGGCGGCAGCAGCGGCAGCGAGGCGGCCCCCCAGGACAGUGAGAGUCUGAGUCCAAGCCGGGGGGCUGCCAAGCGGAAGAAGAAGCAGAGGAGGAACCGCACCACAUUCAACAGCAGCCAGCUCCAGGCUCUGGAGCGAGUCUUCGAGAGGACGCAUUACCCCGAUGCUUUCGUGCGAGAGGAGCUAGCGCGGCGGGUCAACCUCAGUGAGGCCAGAGUCCAGGUGUGGUUCCAGAACCGAAGAGCCAAGUUCCGCCGCAAUGAGCGGGCGAUGCUGGCCAACAGGUCCGCAUCGCUCCUCAAAUCCUAUAGCCAAGACGCAGCCAUUGAACAGCCCAUGGCCCCCAGGCCGACUGCCUUGAGCCCAGAGUAUCUCUCCUGGACUACCACAUCCCCAUACAGCACCGUGCCAUCCUACAGCUCAAGCAGCACCGCGACGCCCGCCCAGGGGGUGAACAUGGCAAACAGUAUCGCCAGCUUACGCCUCAAAGCCAAAGAGUUCAGCCUGAAUCAGAGCCAUGUGCCCACGGUGAACUGACUGCACAUCCCCAGAACCGGGACAAAAUACCAAUGUGCCUGCCCUAGGCGGGAGAGCAUCUUCCCGAUCACAAGAGGCCAGCUUGCUGCUCCUGUUCCAGUCUAAACCCAAACCCUUCUGACUCUCAACCAAUGCCGAGUCUGUCACCAGCAUCCCCUUCUUCUUCUGGCCCCUUUGGAAAGCAGAGCAAGUCACAAUCCCCUUUGGAAAGUGGCGUGUAAUUGCAGCCACAGAUGGAGUGAACUUGAUAAGAAAGUUGCUUUCCCCACACACUCUAUAAUAAAAUAUACGUACACACACACACACACACACACACACACACGAACAUUUCAAGGAUGAACAGACUUGCCAAGUUAACUUGAAGAUGCUUCCGAACAGGGAAGAAUCUUGGACUACAGGAUUUGACCAAUUUGGAUAUCUCAGCUGGACAGCCAAAGAGCGACUGAGUAUCCUCCUACGCUGGGGACGUCCCGCUGGUCUUUGUUGGGAGGAUCACUACGUUGUAUUAUGUCAGUUAUAUAGUCCCUUUUCCUGUGGUUGUCACUCAAACUUGACUGUUCAGCCAUUGCAUUUGUAGCCGACACAUUAUACGACAGCAGUUCCAAGGCUGACAACUUUGCUCAUAUAUUUUUGUGUCACCAGACUGCAGUGCUUGAGAGAGAAAGACUUUUGCAAGCGGGACUUCCCACCCCUGCUGUAUAUAUUCAUUACCCUAACCCUGCAUUGUGCUUUGUACAUUUAGGAGUAGCCAGCUGCCCAUGCCAAUGUAAGAUAUAUGUUACCGACUUCUUUUUUUUUUUUUAAACCCUUAGUCAAAGGCAAAGAUGAUGGUUUGAGUGCUCAGGAGAACUCACUCCAGCUAGCUGACGGGACUUUGCAGCUUUCCAAAAGUUGAUGUUUGCUCUGCACUUUGUGGUUAAGUCAAUGAAUUCACAAGCAAGUCUGAAGGGGCUUGGGUCCUUGAACUGUCCGGGGGGAAAAAAAACGGCUGUGGGCUUUGGCUGAGUGCAUCGUUGUCCAAUGGCCAGGCAGGCUGCCUCCUUCGGAAACACUGCCUCUCUUGUGGAACUGCCUCCCCUGGAUGUGGUUGAUGGCCUGGCCUCGUAAAUUAAACGCCUUCUGCAGCAAGUGGCUGGCUUUUCCCAUCACCCCACCUCUUAGCAAUCUCUUCCCUGCCGAACAGCUGAAAAUCAAAGUUAAAGUGUAAGAUGUGAACAAGCAGAGCCUCAGCUGGAGGCCUCAGGGGUCUUCUCUGAGCUUUUUAUUCUGGGGCUUUAAUUAAUGGGGCUAGAGCAGGGGGCUGGACAGACAGCUCUGGAGACAGCUUUCCUUACGUAUGCACAAGUACAGAUAUAACAUGGGCAGUACAGGCUUCCCUUGGUACUGCUAUACCACUGAGCCUCACCCCUGCUCUGUUGGGGCUUCCGGCCAGGAAGGAGAAGGGAGCUCAGUUUCCAGGCUUCAUUCAAGCCCCGACCUCUCAGCUGCGUAGUGCUGGUUUUAUGAUGUGGACAAAAUACCCACUGGAAACCGGGCUGAAACGGCUUAUUCAUUUCACAUAGGCCACCAAGCAGGCACCAGCUGAAAACAGCUUUGGGUCCUGACUGACUUGCCCUGGAUUUGAACUAGUGACUUAGAAGUAAAAGGCAUCAUCUCCCCAUGCCAAUCCCCCAGCCCAUUCAGUCACCCUCGUGUUAAGGCCUGUGUCUUGCUGGGAAUUUAGUAAGGAAUGAAUGAAUGUGCUGGUACUUUUAAGAACAAAGGCGGCUACUACUGAGAUGCUUUUCUACAGAUAACUCUCUACAGUAGGAUGACCAUAUGUUUCGAUUUUAUAGGGACAAUCCCAAUUUUGGGGGCUUUUUCUUAUACAGGCAUCUAUUACCCCCCACUCCCUGUCCUGGUUUUUUACGCUUGCUCUCUGGUCACCCUAGUCUAUGGGAAGCCCAGUAGUUUUGCUGUAGCCAGUACUACAGAGGUGGAAAGAGCUCGUAUUCUGCAACGUGGCAUUAAAAGGCACAACCACCUUCCCUCGCAGUAGUCACAGAUGCUGAACGGGCUCCAGGACAAAGGCACAUGUGGAGUUUCUGACGGGCUGGCAUAGCUCGUCCAUAAAGGUAACCUAAUUCCUCCCCCACUGAGUGCUUCCCUUGGGAGCAGCCUUUUCUUCAAUGGGUCUUUGGCUGCAGCCUGAUACGUUAACUGGCAGGAGGACUCAUGCACGGGCCCAUCUGCUUCAAAAGACACAAGUCUCUAGUGCCUGAGCCAAGGGAGAGUCCCCACAAGCUAGGCAGCAGCAGGAUUUGUAUCUGCUGUAGUUAUGAUAGGAGCAGAUCCUACUGAGCCAUUCUAACUUUCCACCCAGUAGAGCGAAGUGAUGCUGUAGCCACUGAGUGACCCUUAGCUGCUGUUAUCAAGGUCUGGAAAGACCCAGGCCUUCUGGGCAGCACCAGCAGGGCCACGCCUGGCCUGGGCGGUCCAGUGGGGAGGAUCCUGCCAGACUUAUCUUCCCAGCUGCUUCCCAACAGAUGAAAGAUGUUUCCAAAAUCAAGGUGGUGACACCUAGUGUGCGUUUACCUUAACUGGACAUGGGGACGCAAACUUCUUAAAGAAACCAGCACAACCAAUGCCAAGAUCAUUGUCAGAGUGAGCAGAUAAUAGCACCCACCCCCUUGGAACAAGAUGUUCACUGCCCUGCUCGCUAUGGAUGUGAAUCACAGCUCUGAUGCUUUUAGGCUGCUCCAGCCCCCACCCUCAUGCUGGUGAUUCUGUACUUAAAUUCCAACAACCAAUUCACGUGCUGUGGUACCUGAGCACUUCUCAGUCUCUAAUGCAUUUACCCCCCCCCCGACACCCCUGUGAACUAGGGAAGUGCUUAUCAUCUCCACUGAAAUGAUGAGAGCAGAGGUGCAGAGAUAUGGGAGGGGGAGUGGCAUUGGGUGUACCAGUAGAGUUAAAGCAGUUGCUUUUUUGUGCCUAGACAAGCCGGUCAUGCAGGAAGUCUGUGGCACAGCAGGGACGUGAAUCUUGGUCCCCUAAGUCUUCAGGGUAGCACCCCGACCCCUGAACCACCCUCUUUUAAAAAGUAAUUCCAGAUUUUCCAAACUGGCCAGCAUUUUGGGCCCUGAAUGCUUUGAAAGUAUGGCCCCCGCUGUGGGUGAUGGGCAUAGACAAUCUGGUCCCGGUCUCUUAGGAAAACUCUGUCUCCAUGAGGCCAAAUAUACUUGUCAGAUCAGAUACCACCCCAAUUACCCCCACCCCACCCUACCCUCAUUGCUGUGACUGUAAGGGGCCUCAUCUUAAGGGCAGCCUCUUGGCCAGCAGGCACCUGCCAGCAUCCUGGUUAACACAGCCUCUUGAAGACCAUCUAACCAGUGCACAGUUUCAAACACUCGGCGAGAGGUCAUUUCAAGCGCAUAGAGAACAGUUGUAACACUUCAUGGAAAACUGGUGGCAAACAUCAUCGGAGCAGGGCUGAGGCCCAUUAGCAUGAACCAGGCGUGCAAGUGUAGAAAACCUUUACCCGGGAAGGAGCUUGAGAGCAGGCAGAAGCGCAUGAGGCAGGGAAAAGAGAUCAUGGGCUUGAGUAAAGUUCUGGCUGCACCGGUUUCAGUUUAACACCGGGUGUCACUAGCACAGCACCAAACAGCCCAGGAUAACCAUGCAAGGACUGAAACGUCCUAUUUCCCCCGUGAGAAAAGCCAUGGAACAACGAAUUCCAAAUUUCCAGCCCCAGUGUUUGUUUGAUGCAAAAUAAAGAUCUCCAAGCAGCGAUGAGAGAAGCAGCGCACGAUGGAGGUAGCCUGUCAAAGCCAAGACGUGCAGCCAUAGAGUCACUGAAGAUAGAACUCCCAUCAUGAGAAACUUUGCUUGGGGGUGGGAAGAGGGAAAAUCUUGGAGCUUUUAUUCCCAUGGAAAGCGUGGGGCUCUUUCCUGUUGUAUAAGACGAAACCGCAGAGAUAUAAAUGUCACUCCCUUUUUGAGAGCAUUAAUGAAAAUAAACCGGUUUAAUAGUUUGCAGAUGCUGUUUCUCUAAAUGUAAAAAAAAAAAAAGGACGGGGGGGAUAUUUCUUUGCACAAUCUCAAUUAGAAAACAUUUGCUCUUAAUUUUACAGCUCUCUUGGCAGCCUCCUCCAAAAUUGUCAGCUAACGUUAAAGCAUUACCAAGACAAGACACAAAUUGCCCCAGUGGAGUGAUAGCAAGAACUAGGGAUUGUCCUAAUCUAAGCUUGCUCUCUUCCGUUUUAUUUGUACAUUUCAAUUACUUGUAACAGGAUCUAUGGGGUGGGGUGGGGUUGUUCGGGUGGGGUUUCUUUUUGUGCAUGUCUGUGUAGGGUUUUUGGUUUGGUUUUCGGGGGGGUUCUUUUUGGGGAGGGAAGUAAUUUUUGUAAGAACAACUUGUGAAAUAACUGAGAAAUAAAUAUUUUACUGAGUAGUUCAGCGUCUAGAUGCAUGAAUGAGGAUUCAGCUUUUCCCUGCUCUGUCACAGCCAAUUCUGGGACGAUGCCCGGCCCACAGCAGGACUGGAGGCUGCACUGCGCUGGAAGAUGGCGGGGUGGGGCUCUUUGGACUUCUCAGGCCAAGAAGAGUAAUGAGAUGAAGAACACAAAUAGGGCCAUUUAGCAGCAUUUAGCAUCACCUUCUUCCAACUGAGCUGGCACUCAUCUGUUGAAGCCCCACCAAGGGUGUAUUUGACUAUUGCACCAUGAUUGUCGAAUGCUCCCAUAGUUCCUGCCAGUUGAGAAUCUCUCUGUGUUUUACAAAAGCGGGGUGGGGGUGUAUUAGUAUCUCCAGCUAAGAAGUGGGGAAACAGAAGCUCAGAACAGCAAGGCUGCAGAUCUCGCAAGCCCUGCUCUAACUGCUAGAUGUGUUGGAUUCCUAGUAGGGAAGGGUUCCCCUUCCACAGGUGCUUGGUUAAUUCCAUGCUAACGCUGCCCCUGGGUCUUUUCCCCGGGGUGCGUCAUUAACGUCUGUGAUGUGUGAUUCAGGUUGGGGAUUGGGCCUUUGUAUCCCCUCUCAGCCUGGCCCCCAAUCCCUUACAGAGUAUGUCAGUUGGGAGCCUUGUGCCACAGCACUGAGGAGAUGUCUACGCUGCAUUGAGGAACGAACCUCCCUGUUGAUACCCACAGCCUUGGGCUGGUGGGCCUUGUACCAGCGUGCUCAAAACAGCCGCGUAGGCAUCGCAGCCGGAGCCACAGCGGGAAAGCAACGUCUACACCGCUAUUUUUAGCGCACUUGCGUGACAUUCCCCCCAAGGCUGCAGAUGCCAGCUGGAAGGCUUGCUCCGUCUCCCAGCUGCAGUGUAGACAUACUCUGAAUGUCUGGUAGGCCACCCUGUAAUAACCAGGCGUCGCUCAGCCCUGUUCCAAAGGAACAGACGCAUAUUGCAGAAACUGGGAGCUGCCCGUGGCCUCCACUAACCCACCACGGUCUCAGCUACAGUCGAGUGGGCGUGAAAGGAGCCACAACCGUCCUGCAAAUUAGUUCAGUGGAAUUCUUCAAGCCAGGAGGCUUUCAAGGCCCGGCACAGUCGAUGUCCAGAGGGAAUAGAAACUUACAGCCAGGGGCACAGAAUCGAAGGGCUCGGCCUGGCAUUUCAUUGCAGAGCUGUGCCAGAGCCUAGUGAUUUCAUUACAUUUCAUGGGGUAGAAAGUGCUGGUUGUUGGUUGAAGGGCCUGAGUCUUGUCAGAGGUAAUAGGAUUGGUUCACUGCAGGCAAAGCCAUGGCUGCCUUAGUACUCUGUGAAGUGGGGAACGCCCGUAACUAGCCCUCCCCCCACGGUUAUGACUCUUUUCCCCUUGCAAGGGCAGCAGCCCCUCACCACAGCCCUGCCGCAGGAACUCCUGUUCGGGAGGUCACAACUGCACCGUGUUCACUUGGUCCUAACACACGGGGAGCUCUUCCACAUCUGGCUUCACGCUGCUCCAGUGUGCAGGCCCCUGACACUUGUUUUCACGUCGCUCCCUCUUUCCCGUUUUUUGAGCUAUUCCCAGCAGCAGAGAAGGACUCAAACCCCGAUACUCAGGGCCAGAUUUUGAAUAUCCCAGAACUGGGGGCAGUAUGGAUGCAGCGGGGCUGGACUGGGACCAUCUCUAUCCAUGAAGAGGAAACGGGUUUAAAAAUCUCUCACACCUCAUGCAUUUCACACCUGGCCAUAAAGUUCCUACAGCAACCGCAUGUCUCAGGGAGUCAGAAACAGGCUACAGAGCUUUUUUUUAACUCUUUACUGCUAAACCACCAGUUCAAAUCCUAGUGCAGCCAGGGAUUGGGAGAGAGGUUUUGAAUAGAUGGUGGAUACUUAAUGGGCGGUUCCUGGAGUUUCAUCUCACCGUGACCAUCCGUGCACAGCCUUGGGGAAUGUUGGAGAAGUCAUCGAGUGGUUCUGCUGUAGCUGCUCGGGAAACAAACAUUCACUCUCGGACUGAACAGAGUCAGUGCAUCGCACAGCUUCACGAGUGACACGUUUGGGUCACAGUAUCUGUCAAAUGUCCUCAGGGAGCUACAGGAAGGGUGUGACUGCUGCUCUGCUGAGGUGAAGAUUCAGUAAUGGCUGCAAAGGAGCAUUAAGUCUGGGUCAUAUCAUCCUCUUCCCAAGUCCAUUCUGGAGAAGCCUAUGGACUGAGA